CGCAAGGGAAGUUCGUGGACGUGGUUGGCUGCAUUGCCUGUUCUCUUGGCUGCUGCGUUUACAGCGUAUCCUGAUGUCUUUCGAGGUUCUGGACCAGAGACGUUGCCUUCUGUGAAGAUUAAACAAGGAACUGUUAUUGGGAAGUUUGUUGAUGAUGGGACGUUUCCUGAACCGUUGGAGGGAUUCAUGGGGAUUCCGUAUGCUUUGCCUCCGGUUGGUGAACGAAGGUUCAAACAUGCUGAGCCAGUGAGUGCAAGCAAUGAGACGAUUGAAGCUUACUAUCUAGGACCAAGAUGUCCUGGCAUACAACUUGUGCCCUUCCUCAAAGACCCCAUCCUCGGUCCUGAUUAUGAAUCAGAGGAUUGUCUCAUCAUCAACAUCUGGCGCAAGAAAGGCCAUACACCAAGCAAGGGGAAACUUCCUGUUGCUGUUCUAAUUCCUGGAGGAGCGUUCAAUCGUGGUGCUGCAAGAAUGCAUAACUCACAUACUAUGCUUGCGUUCUCAGAGCAGCCAUACAUCGCUGUUAGCAUGCAAUAUCGCAUUGGCGUCUUUGGCGGACUGAAUACUGAAUUGACUGCUGAACAAGGUUUAUUGAACCUUGGGUUGAAGGACAUGUAUGUUGCGCUUGAGUGGGUUCAAGAGAACAUUGCUGCGUUUGGAGGCGAUCCUGAUGAUGUUACCAUCAUGGGGCUGAGCGCUGCAGCUCACGGUAUCGGACACCUCAUCAUGGAUAUCAAUCAGCCUAAAAAGCUCUUCCACAAAGCAAUCAUGGAUUCAGGAGCUCAUACCGCACGUGCAGUCCAUCCUCCAAACGCUGCUCUCAACACCCAGCACUUCCGGGAACUUCUCGACCUAACGCCCUGCUCACACUUCAAGAACCUCAAAGACCCAAAGAUCCUCACCUGUCUUCGAGGUCUCCCCUCAGAAACCGUAGACAACGCAGGAAAAGAGGUGUUUAGACGCUCAGAUCCUUCUAUUCGUUGGGCAUGGCAGCCUGUCAUUGAUGGAGACGUCAUUUCACGACGACCUAUCGAAGCAUGGAAAUCUGGAAAGUUUCAUAGAGUUCCUAUCUUGACUGGCUCAGCCGCGAACGAGGGUGCUUUUUACGUUCCCCAAAAGGCAGAUAAACCUGAAGAUUUCACGGGAUUCUUUCGUGAGCUGUUACCGCAUCUCACAGAGGCUGAAGUUGCAGAGCUUGAGAAGUUGUAUCCUGAUCCCUCAAAAAACCCCGACUCACCACAUCUUGACACUCGUGGCAUCCCGGGUGUAGGAUCCCAGUAUAAACGCCUCGAGACAGCAUACGGCCACUACGCAUAUACAUGCCCUGUCCGCCAAACCGUAAUCUGGUCAACAUACCACCCAAACGCCCAACCCGCAUAUCUCUACCACUGGGCCCUGAACAAAACCGCCCUCUUCGGCGCCAACCACGGUGAUCAAAUGCGAUAUCAGACAUUUAACCGAGAAGUUCGUGAGAUAUCACCUGCGCAGAGGGAAGUAUCUGGACAGUUCCAUGCGUACUGUACUAGUUUCAUCACAAAG